CUGCGCGUCGAAUAGCGCUUAUAAAUUUAGUUCUUUUUAUGUACGCUAUCAUUAUGUGCUUUUUCUAUCUCCUGUGUUUACUUUAAGUUUCUCUUCAACUAUACUGUGCUGUGCUUUGUACUCUUAUUUCUUUUCUUUGUGCUUGUGACUCUUGUGUGCCGUUAUUGACAAUAUACAUAAUUAGUGUGGAAACUAGCUGGUUUUACUUCUCUCAUUAGGCUAGUUCACCACAUAAAUUGGUGACCCCGACGUGAUACGGACAGUUGUGUAACGGACAUUUUUAGAUAUUACCGUGUAACCGGUGUGACGGCCAUUUUUGAAUUUUUAUUUAUAAGAAACGUUUGUGUUUUAAACUUUUACAUACUUUAUUGAGUUUUAUAUUUAAACAAGCAUUACGCUUUCAAGAUUUUGAGUACAGUUUCAAGUUUAAAAUAGACCUUUUGAAUUUUAAGUUCAAAAUGCCUAAUGGUAAUCAGGGCGCACCUGAGGUGACUGUGCAGGUCCCUGGACCGGGGGCCAGUUCGAGUGAGUCAUCCGUUAGCCACAUAAGUGUUAAGCCACCGCCCUUUUAUCCGGAUAAGCCGACUAUGUGGUUCGCUCAGCUAGAUGGCCAGUUUACGUUGACAAAGAUUACGAGUGACACUACCAAGUUUUAUCAUGCCAUAUCCGUUUUGGAGUAUAAAUACGCGGUUGAAGUUGAGGAUAUUAUAACCAACCCGCCGGCGAGUGAUAAAUAUGGCACCCUCAAGAGGGAACUCAUAGCUCGUUUGUCAAGUUCUAAGCAGGAGCGUUUAAAGCAGUUGAUGUCGAAAGAGGAGCUCGGUGACAGGAAGCCGAGCCAGUUUUUGCGGCAUAUUCGGAGUUUAGCGGGUGCAGAUUAUCCGGAUGAUUUUAUUCGCCAUUUGUGGAUGAGUCGAUUACCUACAGUGUUGCAAAGCAUAGUCGCUUACCAGGAUAAUUUGCCCUUGGACACCGUGGCGCAGAUGGCGGACAAGGUGCAUGAAGUUACCCCGCCCGGACCUGGUUAUCAGGUGGCUGCGGCGUCGUCAUCAAGCGUUCCUGGUUCCAUGAUAGACCAGUUGCAACAGAAAAUUGACGCAUUAGCGUCAAGGCUUGACGCGAUGUCCACCUCCCGGGGCCGUCAGGGUCAGCCCCGGUCGAGGUCCCGCGGCAAGCCACGUAAUCGUUCCAGAAGCCGGCCGCGAGCUGGCAAGCCCAGCGGCGACGGCCAGCGCCUGUGCUGGUACCACUACAAGUAUGCGGAAAAGGCAGAUAAGUGCAUUCCCCCUUGUGCGUAUUCAAAAAACUAGUAGAUCGGUCGCUCGUAGCGGCCAGUGAAAGUGUUCCAGUGUCAAAGCGUUUAUUUGUUACUGACGCUAAAACAAAAGUUCAGUUUUUGGUGGACACCGGGUCCGAUCUAUGUGUUUAUCCGGUUAGCUUUUUGCGUGCGCAACGACGUCAUAUUAAGACUGAUUAUGAACUUUACGCCGCAAAUAAUACUACCAUUAGUACUUAUGGCUGGCUUACCUUGUCACUUGAUUUUAAUUUACGCCGUAUGUUUUGUUGGCGCUUUGUAAUCGCUGAUGUGAGCAAACCUAUUAUCGGAGUGGAUUUUCUCUCAUUUUAUCAUUUACUUGUCGAUGUUCGUUAUGCUCGUUUAGUCGAUGGAAUAACUUUGCUCUCAUCAGCCGCUGUAGAUGCUUCAGCUUGUCCUUACCCCAAAAUUAAAGUAAUUUGUGGUAAUAUGCCGUUUCACACCCUACUUGAGGAAUACCCGGACAUUAUUAAGCCUGCCGGUAAUCCUCAGCAGCGUAAGUGUAAACACCAGACGCAGCACUUUAUUAAGACUACGCCAGGUGCGCCUGUAUUUUCAAGGCCACGGCGUUUAGCACCGGAUCGCCUCAAAAUUGCGAAGCGGGAAUUUGAGGAUAUGGUGCGCUCGGGGAUUGCGCGACGAUCGGAGAGUCCUUGGUCGUCUCCGCUGCACUUAGUACCUAAAAAGGACAAUGGCUGGCGUCCUUGUGGCGAUUAUCGCGCUCUUAACGCACGGACUGUCCCUGAUAGGUACCCAGUGCGGCACAUCGCUGAUUUCUCGCAUAACCUUUUUAAAUGCAAGGUAUUUAGCAAGUUGGAUUUAGUGCGCGCGUAUAAUCAAAUUCCCGUCGCGCCCGAGGACGUUCCGAAAACGGCAAUCACGACACCUUUUGGACUUUUCGAAUUCCCAUUUAUGAGUUUUGGUUUGCGCAAUGCGGCGCAAACAUUCCAACGGUUUAUGGACGAAGUCCUUAGGGGUCUUGAUUUCUGUUUUCCGUUUAUCGAUGACGUUUUAGUAGCCUCUGCCAAUGACUCAGAACAUGAAGCCCAUUUACGAGCGGUUUUUGAGCGUUUCAAUGAUCAUGGUAUACUGCUUAAUGCUAAUAAAUGUGUAUUUGCGGUACCGGAAGUAGAGUUUUUAGGUUACCUGGUUUCGUCGGAGGGUACUAAGCCUAUAGGAGCUAGGGUGAAGGCUAUUCAAGAUUUUCCUAAGCCUAAGAUAAUUAAGGACCUGAGGCGUUUCCUAGGGGCACUAAAUUUUUACAGGCGGUUUAUUACUGGUGCUGCUAAAUUACAAGCUCCUCUCCAUGCACUACUAAGUGGUCCAGGGGUGAAGAGCAACAGCCCGGUUGUCUGGACUCCAGAGUCAGAGGAGGCUUUUAAUGCUUGCAAGUCAAGUAUUGCAAAUGCCGCUCUUUUGGCGCAUCCAGACCCUUCCGCUCCCCUAGCGGUGGUUACAGAUGCUUCAGAUUUCGCCAUUGGUUCUGUCAUCCAACAACAGGUCGAGGGACAUUGGCAACCAUUGGGAUUUUUCUCUCGCAAGUUGACACCCGCUCAGACGAGGUAUAGCACCUACGAUCGCGAACUUUUAGCCAUUUAUGAGUCAGUGAAGUACUUUAGAUACAUGAUCGAGUUGAAACCGUUUUUUAUACUCACUGACCAUAAACCUAUAGUCUCCGCUCUUAAAAAAUCCCUCGAUUCGUGUUCUCCGCGGCAAUUCCGAUAUUUAGAUUUUAUUUCUCAGUUUACGUCGGAUAUCCGGUAUAUAUCAGGUGAAGAGAAUGUCGUCGCGGACUCGCUAUCGAGGAUUGAGGCCAUCACGGACGGACUUGACUUACAGAUUUUAGCUUUGUCACAGGCUACGGAUACAGAGCUUCGGGACUUAAUCAAUGGCGGUUCAUCUCUGAAUUUAGAAAAAAAAUCAUUUGGAUCGGUCAAGUUAUUUUGUGAUGUAUCCCGGCCAGCCCCGCGUCCCUUCAUUACAUCAGAGUUCCGGAAGCAAGUUUUUGAUUCCCUCCAUGGACUCAGUCACCCUAGCGCUAGAAACACUAUCAGGUUGGUGACUGAGCGUUACGUGUGGCCAGGGAUCAAGAAGGAUUGUAGGAUAUGGGCGCGAGCGUGUAUUCCGUGCCAGCGCUCUAAAGUUUCACGCCACGUGCAUGCCCCGGUUCAUGAUUUCAAGCCACCUACUGGUAGGUUCUCACACGUUCACGUCGAUCUAAUUGGCCCUAUGCCUGUGUCGAACGGUUUUAAAUACUGUCUCACGGCUGUAGAUAGGUUUACGCGUUGGCCUGAGGCAGUACCGUUGUACGAUAUCACGGCGGAAAGUGUUGCCAAAGCUUUCAUUUCGACGUGGGUGGCACGUUUUGGCUGUCCUCAAAAUGUUACUACUGACCGAGGCAGGCAAUUCGACUCCAAUUUAUUCCGGCAGAUAGCAACAAUGACUGGGUCUCGUCACUUGCAAACUACUGCGUAUCAUCCGGCCGCGAAUGGAAUCGUGGAGAGGUUCCAUCGCCAGCUCAAGGCUGCCAUUAUGUGCCACGCAGAUGAAUGUUGGACUGAAACCCUUCCACUAGUACUUUUAGGAAUACGUAGUGCAUGGAAGGAAGAUCUGUCUGCUUCGACCGCCGAGUUAGUUUACGGCGAGCCGUUAAGACUUCCCAGCGAUUUAUUGCAACCGACACCUGACCAACUGACGGACUAUACCGAUUUCUUGUCACGUUUGCGUCAGCAUAUGAAAAAGUUGCAACCGACAACGGUUACACGUCAUGGCUCUGCCAAAAUUUUUAUUUAUAAGGACUUGGCAACUGCAACUCACGUUUUUGUGAGACAAGAUUUUGUUCGUAGGUCGCUGCAGCCACCGUAUGCUGGCCCCUACAGAGUAAUCGAUAGGUCGGAUAAGUAUUAUAGGGUUGACAUCGCCGGUAAUGAGGUUUCUAUUUCUAUUGAUAGGUUAAAACCUGCCUACAUUUUGACCGAAACGUCUGGCCCUACCAAAACGUCAUCGACCGUCUUGCCUAGCUCAGUUGCCGUUCCUUCUGAACCUAAAGUGUCUCGUUCUGGUCGCCAUAUACGUUUCCCCGAUUAUUAUCGACCAUAAAGGUCUCGGGGGGGCUGAUGUGGCGACAGAUAUUUUAAUUGUUAAUAUAUUAAUAAAUAAUAUUAAUGUUAUUAUAUUCAAACGCCAUUACGGUUCCGCGCGACGCGAGCGCGGUGAACAAGAACUUGCCUUAUCGCUCGGUUCGCUUCGCCGUAGGUCGGUGACCCGAGCGUGCAUUCGUGCGCGCUCGGAAAUCCUAGUUAGUCGGCAGAUAUCCACUCUCGAGGCUGGACGCAUGCGCUCGCGCCGCCCGAGUAACGGUUAAUGCUUACGCACCGACUCGCUUACAUUUGGGAUUAUAUUCGGUUUGCGCUGCGCGCCGAAUAGCGCUUAUAAAUUUAGUUCUUUUUAUGUACGCUAUCAUUAUGUGCUUUUUCUAUCUCCUGUGUUUACUUUAAGUUUCUCUUCAACUAUACUGUGCUGUGCUUUGUACUCUUAUUUCUUUUCUUUGUGCUUGUGACUCUUGUGUGCCGUUAUUGACAAUAUACAUAAUUAGUGUGGAAA